AUGUUUGACACUACUAAUGAGGUCAACAGAAAAGCUAUCAUAGAGUCUUUCAAUGUAGUGCGAACAGAGGUGCCUAAAGCCAUAGACAACACCACUACACCUCUUCAAGUUGGAAAUGGAGACUUUGCCUUCAAUUUUGACAUUACGGGUACGCAAUCAUUGGUACCUUUCAACACACUUUCCAGCUGGGGAUGGCAUAAGGAUACGUUGCCACAAAACGGAGAAAAGCUGGACGAAUAUGUGGGCGUCCCUAUAGUUACGCAUGGAAGAGAAGUCAUCUACGACCUUGAAGAUCCGAAGUUGCCAGAAAUAUCGAAAUGGUUGAGUGCCAACCCCAACCGCAUCAAUCUUGGCCGCAUCAGCUUGAGUUACAAGAACGAGACGCUAUCAUCGAUCACGGAACCUCGCCAAGUCCUUGACCUCUGGAACGGUGUUACUACUUCGUCCUUCAAGGUUGAUGGUGAGGAUGUGAAAGUGGUUACUCAGGGGGAUUUUGACACAGACUCCGUGACAUUCGACAUCGAGUCCAUAUUGAUCUAUGAAGGAACCCUUCGAGUCGAAUUUGACUUUCCGUUUCCUCCAAUCCACAAGGUUGAGAAGACAUCAGACUUUGAGGUGUUUAUGGGAAGCUACCAGUUCCCGGACAAUCACACUACUUCUAUCGUUCAGCCCGACACUACUUCUGAUGACACAGCUCACAUCCAUCACACAAUGCAAGAAACAUCAUACUACCAGAACUUGCGCUGGCCUAAGGAAUCACCAUUAACUUUAAGAAGAAUUGGAAAACAGGAUUCUAACAUGACCAAUGCGCAUCGCUAUGCACUGUUCCCAGCCGCCUCCGGAAAAAAUGCCACCAGACCCAAUGGAUUGUCUUUCACUGCCCAGUAUAGUCUCCAGCCUCAAAGACCGUCACUGCCCUCCUCAAUUCGCCGGCGAAACAGUCUUGAUUGGCAGAAGUACUGGCAAGAAGGUGGGUUUGUAGAUCUCACUCAGUCAUCAAACCCCAAUGCAACGGAGCUACAGCGACGCAUCAUACUCUCACAAUACGCGAUGAGAAUCAACAGCGCUGCCACUGGCCAGCCACCACAGGAGAGUGGUCUGGUGUAUAACGGGUGGUGGGGCAAGUUUCACAUGGAGAUGGUCGUUUGGCAUUGUGCUCAUUGGGCGACUUGGGGGAGAUCGAAAUACUUUGAUCGGAUAUUCCCUGCUGUCUAUGAGGAUCUCCUGCCUAGCGCUGAGGCAAGAGCCCGUCGCAUGGGAUGGGAAGGCGCAAGAUGGCCUAAGAUGACGGAGCUUCUUACCAAAGGCAUCGCUCCGGGAGAGACCCGGGCGUAUCUUCAAUGGCAGCAACCACACCCCAUUUAUCUUGCUGAACUAGCCUAUAGGGCCAACCAAAGUAGGGAGACUCUUCAACGAUGGGACCGUGUCAUCACAUCAACUGCCCAGUACAUGGCGUCGUUUGCUUGGUUCAACAGCUCGAGCGGCAAAUAUGAUUUGGGACCACCUAUACAGGGUGUCACAGAGAAUUCGUCCCCUACGGAGAUUUCGAACCUGGCUUACGAGCUUGCUUACUGGCAAUGGGCUCUCAACGCAGCGUGCGACUGGAAGAAGAGACUUGAACAAAAUUGCCCCCCGACGUGGUCUAGAGUGGCAGAGAAUAUGGCAUCCCCUCCUGAGUAUGAUGGUCUAUUCGCACCUUGGGUUGGCGGUGGCGUAAAUGCAUCUUGGUGGGAUAACCCUCAGCUCAACAAAGAUCCCAGAAGCGUCAUUAUGCUACAAGGCAUGGUACCCGAUACCCCACUGGUGAGCCCAGAGGUUGGUGUUAGAACUGCAGACAAGGUAUGGGAUGUGUGGGGUGACGCCCAAAUUCGAGGCUGGGGCCGAAAUGUAUUGGCCAUCAACUCGGCACGUAUCGGUAAUCCAGAGCGAGCGAUUUAUCACCUAACCAACUUCGGUUACUGGACUUUUGGCGAUCAAGGCUUUGCUCACAGGUCUGGUCCAAGUCCAUCUCCACCACCUUAUUUCCCUGGAAACGGGGGGUUUCUUUUGGCGAUCGGGUAUAUGGCAGCUGGCUGGGCAGGCUCCGAGGGGCACGCACCUGGGUUCCCGAAAGACGGAACAUGGGUUGUCAAGCAUGAGGGAAUGCUCCAGGCUCUCUGAAUAUGACACGAAACUUAAGGUGACGACAUCUAAAGGGGGCUGUUCUGUUGUACUCAGAAGCUCCGGGAAGCUGUCUUGCUUUGAUAUUUUGGCGUAUAUACAUGCAAACCAUGUCAUUGCGUUUGCCCGUUACCUCGAUUGUCCUCUUUCACAAGUCUGAAUUCAUCUAAUGAACCCAGGUAUACAGCUACACGCAAACCGCCAUUAUAUGGAGCCGUAGUUGUUUUGAAUCCAUUCUGAGGAUCGUCGAGAUGCUCAAUCAGAUUCUUGUAACCAUCUUGACCAGAAAUGAUAUUGUCAAUGACGAUCAAGGCGCCGGUUUUGAGAUGCGGCUUCACAAGAGCGAGUGUAGGCAUCGCAAGCUGCGACCAGACUUGUCAAGUCGUUAGCGGGUUGGCUCAUGCCAUGAAUGGCAAAGGCUUGCAGCCCAGCAUGUAGCUUUCAGGAAGGGCAGAAAACAUACUGUCAAGUAAUAAAAAGUCAACU